UUUUGUCGUUUGUCUCUUCUAUCUCAUCGCAUUUCUCUGAUUUUGAUCUAUCCCCGUCCCCUUCUUGCUAUCUCAAUUUUGAUUCUGGUUUAACCGAAAGUUGACCUAAUUCUAAGUUUCCAUUUUAUUUCAUUGACCCAAAUCAAUAGUAGACAGAGAGAGAGAGAGAAAAAGAGAAACAAAGGCGAGAAGGGGCUUUGCGGAAGAAGGGGAGAGAUGGGUAAUUCGUUCGGAUGCUCGGCGUCGGGCGAGAGAUUGGUCUCGGCGGCCAGAGAUGGCGAUCUCGUGGAAGCAAAGAUGCUGCUUGAUUGCAACCCUUAUUUCGCAAAGUACUCUACCUUCGGUGGCCUCAACUCUCCUCUGCACUUUGCCGCCGCUAAAGGGCACAAUGAGAUUGUUGCUUUAUUGCUGGAGAAUGGAGCCGAUGUGAAUUCAAGAAAUUAUUGUGGGCAGACGGCACUGAUGCAAGCCUGCAUAUAUGGUCAUUGGGAAGUUGUGCAAACUCUCCUCCUUUUUAAAUGCAAUGUUACAAGACCUGAUUACCUCAGUGGAAGGACAGCUCUUCAUUUUGCUGCAGUGAAUGGGCAUGUUAGGUGUAUGAGGCUUGUUUUGGCCGAUUUCACUCCAAGCACGCCCUUUGUUUCCAUAAAUUCAAAUUAUGAAAGCAGAGAUGAUACCAUUGUGAUGGGCAACCACAGCGCAUUGUCAAAGUUUGUGAACAGAAGUGCUGACGGUGGGAUUACUGCUCUCCAUAUGGCUGCAUUAAAUGGAUAUUUUGACUGUGUUCAGCUCCUACUUGAUCUUCAUGCAAAUGUAUUGGCAGCAACAUUUCCAUAUGGAUCAUCCGUGGACUUGAUCGGCUCUGGAAGUACCCCUUUGCAUUAUGCUGCCCGUGGAGGAAAUUUGAAAUGUUGUCAGAUCCUCCUAGCAAAAGGUGCCAGUAGAUCCACCGUAAACAGCAGCGGGUCCCUCCCAGUUGAUGUAGCGAAGAUGUGGGGCCGCCAUUGGCUUGAACCAUUGCUAGACCCGAAUACUAUCCCAGCAGUCCCAGUGUUUCCUCCUUCCAAUUAUUUGGCCUUGCCUCUUAUGAGUGUGUUGAACAUAGCAAGAGACUAUGGUUUGAAUUGUUCUACCAAUUGUUCUGAUGAAGCUGAUAUAUGUUCUGUUUGCUUAGAGAGGAUAUGCACAGUGGCUGCAGAAGGAUGUGGGCAUAAGCUUUGCGUGAGAUGUGCUCUCUAUCUGUGUUCGACAAGCAGCAUCGUCCCAUCCGAAUCGCGGGGCCCACCGGGGUCCAUCCCAUGUCCUCUGUGUCGUCGUGGCAUUGUAUCUUUCAAGAAGUUGCCCGGUUCUCCAGCCAAGGAGGUUCCUAUGUCUCUUAGCCUCUGUAACCCAUGCAUGGUUAAUAAUAAUAAUAAUAUAUCAGAAGCCAAUGCCUCAACAAACCGGUUUAGAAAACAACGGGUAGCUUCAGUUUCUCCUGAUAUUUUCUGCCCGGUUACAUGCAGCCCGUUUCCUUCUGUUUCUGUACCCAUGUGCACUUGCAGUGAUGCUCCAUUCCUCUCUUGCGAAAGGCAUGAAGUUGAAAUGAGUGAUGAAUCGUCUCAAAGAUCAGAACCUGCCAGAAUGAAUGAUGAGGUUCACCAAGGUGGGAUGAGGUUAGACAAAGUCAGCUGUACCAAUAUGUUUUGGGGCAGAAGAAGUUGCAGCAGAGAGCAUCAGUGCAAUGCAGAAAUAAGUGCUUAACCAUGACUAGCUCUUUUGUUUUUUUUUUUCCUUCCUUUUUUUGGUUGGAGAAAUCGCAGAGUUGUGGGUAAUUUGUUUCUUAUUUCAUCAAUAUAUAAUAAUAUAUUUCUAUAUAUAUAUAUAUCUAGUAAAGAAGUUGUGAUGGUGUUGAGCUAUAAAUUGGUUGUAAAUGGUGAUGGGUAUCAAAUCAUACAUUGGUUUUUAAUUUUUUUAGAUGAACUUGUGUUUGGAU